CGGGAAGACCUUUCACUGCAUUGAUCGAAGCCAUGAGUGACGACGCGGUAUGACACAGAGCAAGUGAGAAUAUUAGGGUUAUUAACUCUUCUCUGCUUCACGUAGGAAUACUCUGUGACCUACGUGGACGACCGUCCAGAGGAGGCGAAGUACUUGCGUCGCGAGGGCGAAGUGAAGAUCACUUACGCUAAUGGGGACACUUUCGAAGGGACAAUCAAUCCAGACCUCCUGAAGCACGGUGUAGGGAAAUACACGUGGAACCAGCGCGAUCCGGAGGGAGAAUUGUCCGUGCUUGCGACGUUCGAAGGGACGUAUGAGAGCGGCAGUAAGAAUGGACUGGGGAAAAUGACGUUCAACAACGGAGAUGUGUACCAUGGAGAGUGGAAGACAGAUAAAAUGACAGGAGAAGGCUCGUUCAUGUACACGAAGGGCGACAUCUUCAGCGGCAGAUUCGAGAACGGCAUCCGCUCCGGUAAAGGCACGUACGAGUUCGCUGCCGACAAGAGUUUGUUUGUGGGGGAAUGGGCCGAUAACACUAUCACGAAUGGGAAAUGGAUCUUCAAGGACGGAGGAUCCUACGUCGGACGCUUUGAGGAUGGGAAUCCCAUUGGCAACUGCAUGAUCAAGUUCCCGAGUGGCCUCCAGCAAGAUGGCGAGUACAUCAAGGCACAAGCGACCAAUGACGCAGGCGAAGAAGUGACGGUGCACAAGUUUGUGGGUGGGAUGAUCGUCAAAGUACGUUAA